CUGUCUAAAAAAAAAAAAAAGAAAAGAGAAAAGAAAAAGAAACAAGUAGAUCUUCUCCUGCAGGCCAUGGGAGAUUUACCAGGUAGAAUGCUGUGGGCUGAAAAUACUAGAUGACCUAAAUAACAGUGGCUAAAACAGUAGGCACCAGAGUUGUUCUGACGGUUCGGUGAUAUCACAGUGUUUUGUUCAUUUCCGUUUUCAUGGCUGACUAAUUAGCAACAGCUACAAACAUUAUGGUCUCACUGACAUUAUCUGAAGGCUGAAAGGGUGGCUUUUCUUUGCAUGUUUCUUUUAGUUAGGGAGAAGACUCAGAAGUGUGUGGUGGCCUUCCUGUAACAUUUUAUUGGCUGGGUCCUACCACAUGCUCAUUCCUAAACCAGGCACUGGGAAAGCAAAUGUAAUUACUGUGAUGAGCUUAGAAUAAUCAUUUCUUCUUUUGGAGUUGGGAGGGCUAUUGGCAUGAUAAAUAUCCAAAUAGACGUGUGUUUCUCCAGCAAGACAGAACAGGGAAUCGCUAUUGGGUGGGGAGACAGCAAUGUUUACUGUAGGGAUUCAUUGGAGAAUUGUGAGCUGGGGAGUCGCAUGAUUAGAUUUGAGUAUGAGGGCAUUCUGGUUAUGGUAUAAAGCAGGGAUUGGCAAGCUUUUUCUGUACAGGGCUUUGUCAUGUGGUCUGUCAUUCCUAUUCAACCCUGCCGUUGAAGUAUGAAAAAAGUCAUAGAUAAUAGGUAAGCAAAGAUGCAUGACUGAACUCCAGUAAAACUUUAUUUACAAAACUAUAAGGCAGACUGGAUUUGCCCCAUGGCCUAUAGUUUGCUGACCCCUCAUAUGGAGGGUAACUGGAAGAUAACCACAUAAAGAGACAGGGAAACAAAGGAAACAUUUGCAGUUAUCAGAACUAUAGUUUCCUUGUCCUAUCCUCAGACUAGUAUCAGUCUGUGGUGAGGUUUUCACCCAUCCAUGGUGAAAUCAAUAAGGUUAAGGAGCUCAGUUAUUCAUUUAAAAAUGCGACAGUGAUAACGAACCAGGCAUUGAACUUAUUUUUAGUACAGAUAAGAAUUUCCAUAAUGAUGCAGGCACUAAGAAAGCAAGGAACCCACAAGUGGUUACAGUUGAAAGAAGACCAAGAGUUUGAUUUGCAAAUGACAAAAAAUAUGAACGAAAAUAGUGACAGUUGCAGUACAAAUAACUAUAAAAGCCUGAAACCUAAAUUAGAAAAUCUGAGUUCUUUACCACCAGAUUCUGACAGGACAUCAGAAGUAUAUCUAUAUGAGAAAUUACAGCAAGACAUACAAAAGUUUAAGAAUGAGGUCGACACAUUAGAAGAAGAGUUGCUGGCUUUGAAGAAAGAAACUGUUCAACUUCAGAAAGAGGUUGAAGAAGAAGUGGAGAAGCACAGAAGUAAUAGAACAGAAUCAACAGGAACCCUAACUGAUGGUGCUACUGUUGGCAGUGAUGAUGAUGGACUAAAUCAGCAGAUUCCUAGGAAGGAGAAUGGAGACCAUGACAGGUCUGCAGAUAAAACAUCUAAUCAAAAUAACAAGGUCAAAAACCAAAUACAUCCUGGGGCUGACUUUACUGACUCAGUGGAGCCAUCUGAAAUAGCCUCAGAGGACUGUGAGUUGUCUCAUUCUGUUUAUGAGAACUUUAUGUUGCUGAUGGAACAACUUACAAUGGAGUGUAAAGAUUUGCCUUAAAACAACAAAAUGAGGAGAAAAGAAAUGCCAAUAUAUUGUAUAAUAAAUAU